AUGGAACCCGAACAAUGCCACGCUUGCCACCAACCGAUUGGCAGACCGAGAAAGAUCUCUAAUGGCCUAUAUUUGUCCAUUAUUGUCGGCAAUUCGAUAGAUUUAAAAAUGACUACAGCAGAUCGAUUCCUCUUCAAAAGAGAUUAUGAAAAGUUCAAGCUCCGGGUGACGCUGCUCAAUAUGGUGCUGCUAAUUGUAAACCUUGUAUUUCCGUCCAGACCAUUAGAUUUACUUUGUCAUUUCUUGAUGGUAUGGUAUUACUGUACAUUGACGAUACGUGAAAGUAUAUUAAGGCUGAAUGGAUCACAAAUGCACUGGUGGUGGGUGGCACAUCAUUAUUUUGCGACAGCAAUCUGUGCCGUUGCGGUUACAUGGCAAGACGAUGAGGAUUAUCGUGCAUUUCGGCUCCAGUUCCUCUUAUUUGCUUUGUACAUCUGCAUUUGCCAGCAGCUACAGUAUAAAUAUCAAAGCGGCUGUUUGAGACGGUUGCAUUCGUUGGGACACGGUGAUUCGAUGGAUCUCACCUUGGAGGGCUUUGAUAUGUGGAUGUUCCGCGGUCUAACAUUCUUGCUACCUAUUUUGGUAUUUGCAUACCUUGGCGAAAUUUACAAUGCAUAUACCCUUUAUUCGAUGUGGACCCGUGGGACUACCAGCUGGCAUGUCCCAACCCUUGGUGUGCUAUUCUUUAUUGUCGGGAAUGGAAACCUGUUCAUGGUUGUGAAAAUAGCAAUCCAAAAGCUUGGCGGAGACCCGAGGAUCCGAAAGCAAUCGCUGCAAACGAAAUUCCGCGAAUACAACGGCAUUGAUAAAUUGAAA